AAACAAGUCUGUGCCCAGGGGGUUGUUGCAUAAAUUAAUGUAAUAUGCAUUACACCUAUAUAUUUUAAUUUAUAAAAGAUGGCUGACCCACCGUCUAGUCAGUUACAGGAUUUCCCACAGUUUACAGAUCUUAACAAUCUGGUUGCAGAACAGACUGGUGCUAAAGUUGUAUUUGCCACAGAUGAUUGGUUUGCUGUAACUGAAAAUCUAUUAAAAGCAGAUGAACCUGUAUUUAAAGUUGGAGUGUUUACAGAGUAUGGUAAAUGGAUGGAUGGUUGGGAAACAAGAAGGAAAAGAAUCCCUGGCCAUGAUUGGUGUAUUAUACAACUUGGUGUCCCUGGUGUUAUAGUAGGAGUUGAUAUAGACACAUCAUUUUUUACUGGGAAUUACACUCCAAAAGCUUCAAUACAGGCAGCUUGUUUAGAAAAUCUUCCAUCUCUGCCGGACAGAAAGGGGAAGAUGGGUACUGCAGCAACAGAAAGUCAACUUAAACUAAUGAAUAGACUUGGAUCACAGAACUGGGAUGAAAUUCUACCAAGUACAGCAUUAAAACCUGGCUACAAAACAUCAUGUCAUAACUUCUUUGAUAUUAAAUACAACAAAAGAAUUACUCAUAUUAGACUGAAUAUGUUUCCAGAUGGUGGAAUAGCCAGAUUACGAGUUUAUGGAAGAGCAUCUCCAGACUGGAAGAAGAUAUCAUAUCAACAGAUGGUAGACUUAGCUGCUAUGGAGAAUGGUGGAAUCUGUGUUGGUUAUAGCGAUGUUCAUUUUGGUCAUGCAAGAAAUCUUAUACAACCAGGGCGAGCAGAAACAAUGGCUGAUGGAUGGGAAACUGCUAGAAAGCCAGGGAGACCAGCAAUAUUAGAGGCUGAUUCUCAGGGCAUACUUCAAGUCCCAGGUCAGGAUUGGAGUAUGUUUAGACUGGGACAUCCUGGAGUAAUAACAAAGAUUGAAAUUGACACAAACCACUUCAAAGGAAAUUAUCCAGACUCCUGCACUAUUGAAGCAUGCUAUGUAAAUGAUGACAAAGAAAAUGAAAUAAAACAGAUUUUCAACGGUCAUCCUUGGAAAACUUUAUUGGCACCAAAAAAACUGAAAGCUCACCAUAGACAGUUUUUCUCAGGAAAAGAUUUAAAUAAUUGUGGAGUUAUCUCCCAUGUACGACUUUCAAUGGCACCAGAUGGUGGCAUCAGCAGGAUGAGGCUAUGGGGAUAUAAACAAUCCAACCGUCAAGCCAAGUUGUGAUUCAUAGUUUUCUCAUACUGUCAGGAUAAACCAUUUCUUUAAAGUGGUUAUUUUCUCGGAGUAAAAAAAUCUUAAUUACGAAGACCAAAUCUGCUGUGUGUCCUGCUCACAUGGUUUUAUUUUCACACACUCCUCCCCUGAUUCUGAUCUCCCUUAAAGAUCAAAUUAGAUAAGGGGAUAUUUGCUCAAUUUUAUCUUCAAUGUGAACUUCUUUACAUUACAUAUAAUAUCUAUUUACCAAAGAUAAAACAAUCCAUAAUACAUAUUUAAAUGUCCUACAUUUUAUUACCAAAGAAUGAAACAAUCAUUUUUUUUUAUAAAUCCUACAUUUUAUUCUGUAAUAGUUCUGAAUUUUAUUUAGAUACUGUAAAAGCAGAAAUUUUCGUGGAGGAUUUAAUUUCGCUUAUUUCAUGGAAAGAAUAUAUCCACGAAAUUAAAAAACCCAUGGAAUUUAACCUACAUAUGAUAUCACUUCCAUUUACUGGAAAUCACAAAAUUAAAUCCCCAUGAAAAUUAUAGAGACAAAACCAAGAAAUUUUAACCCCACGAAAAUUAAUGUUUCUACAGUAUAUAAACAGAAAUCCAACAUUUUUACUUUUUUUUCUUUUGACAUGCAAUGAAUGAACCAAGUUGAAUAUAUAAAUGGAAAUCCAUCAUUUUUUUCUUCGUGAAAUAAAAUUAAUUUGAACAUAGCAGGAAACUACAUUAACCAAAUGAUAUUAGAUGAAUCUUUUCUGACAGAAAUCAGUUCAGUUGUCUCCUUUUUAAUGUAACAGAAUUGAACUUAAUUGAUGUAGAUCUUUGUUCAAAUAGAUUCCUAAAAAGUUAUAUUAUUUUUGGUCCUUUAUUGGUAUAAUCCUGGUUUGAGGUUAAUAUUGCAAAAUUGAUAUUACAUGCAAAUUUUAAAAUUAACUUUGACAUCUUUUUUGUUUUACAUGUGUAUAAUAUAUACAGUUGCUUUAUAUAAUAUAUAUCAUAUACAUGAUAAAUGAUCUGUUAGUCUUUUAUGAUCUGCUUUUAUUUUUGUUUUUAAUUGAAUUAUUGUUACUUAUUAUUGAAUUUGUAAUAAUUGUUUUUAUAGUCUAAAUGAUUUAUUAUAUAUAUUUAUUUCAUUUUGUUAGGCGCUUACUUUAGAUUUUGUUUUACUUUGAUUCUUUUUUCCAACUUGCCAAUAUGUAAUAUUCUUUUUUCCAACUUGCCAAUAUGUAAUAUUCUUUUUUCCAACUUGCCAAUAUGUAAUAUUCUUUUUUCCAACUUGCCAAUAUGUAAACAGUAAGUGUAAUAAAGACAAUCUCUUUGUUAGAAGGUUAAUUAGGAAGUAUUAAAAUAACAUGCAUCUACUCUAUGUAUUUUUAAUGAAUGUGCUGUCCUGAUUAAUUUAUAAACAUUUUUUUGCCAUUGGAUCAUUUGCUUGAAAAUAUUAGCCAAGGAUAUGGUUAUUGUGCGCUUAACAAUGUAGUUGUAAUCCACCUUUUCGUUGGUAUAUUCCAUAAACAUUUAAAAAAGACAGUAUGUUUUUAGUUAUUUUGACAUCAAAUUCUUCAAAUUAAUAGUCAUAUAAUUGUCUUCUUUUAUUUAUAUUCCUAUUAAUUUAAAUGGUUAUAUCCCAAAUUAAUUUGAAAUCUUUUCUUUUCUUACAAAAAUUAUGUUCUAGCAUUUACAACACUAGUCUUUAAGACUUGUAAUAUUGCAUUUGAAUACACAGAUCUAUGAAUAUGCAUAAUUAUGUAAAAAUUCAUCCAGUUUCAAUGCUGUGAGUGAUGUGAAUAUGAGAACUUAAAAUGAAUAUAUUAAUGAGAAUUUGUUGACUUUUUGAUACAUAUACAUGUAUAAUACUAAUAGUAUGUAAAAAUGUCUUCCAAGAUGUGCUUGUUGUCGGAUUCUGUAUUUCAGUGAAAAAUGUUUUGGAAAUGAAUUAUAACUAUUUUUAUAAUUGUUAUUUUGUAACUAAGUCUUGAUAAAAAGAGCAUAUAUAAAAAAAUCAAAAUUAAAGCAGACAAGAGUUACUUUUU